AUGAUAAUAGUCAAAUAUGAACGAUAUUUUUGUUUUCUAGUUUGUUGCUGUGUAAAAUCACUAGUUUGCGCAACAUAUGUACUAAUUGUACAUAUUAUUUCGAUUGCUGCAUCAAGCAUUCUCCUAUAUUAUGAUGCUCUAUUUCUUCGUCAUCCUAAUACAUGUUUAUGGCCAAAAAACUUGUGUAAUGAAGGAUCAUUAAAUCUUAAAUUCUUCGGUACUACUUUAGGUACCAGCACAGAUAUUCAUCGGAUUAAAUUUAUUUUAAUUAAAAUACAAAUAACUUGUGCUGCAGUUAUGAUUGCUAUUUGUUUAGUCUAUACUGGCAUCUAUGCUUAUACAACUGUUAAAGUUUAUACAAACAAUAAAAUAACUGAUCCACACACAACUAUUGAACUCGGUCGUAUACAACAACCACCUCCACCUUAUUGGCCACCGCCACCCCCAAGAGAAUUACCUCCUUCAUCUGAUUUUUGA